AUGACUGCGAUCCCGGCUACUGAGCUUGCGCUCAAGAGCAAGACAGCUGCCAUGGAGGCCAUAGAGGAUGUUGUCUGUGGCUCGAUUGCUGGAGCCGUAGGCAAAUACAUCGAGUACCCAUUCGACACCGUCAAGGUGCGGCUACAGAGCCAACCUGAUCACCUACCCCUACGAUAUAGCGGUCCUCUGGAUUGCUUCCGACAAGCUAUAAAGAGCGAUGGGUUCCUGGGACUAUACCGAGGUAUUAGCGCUCCGGUCGUAGGAGCAGCUGCUGAGACGAGCAGUCUAUUCGUGUUUGAGAGUAUUGGGCGCGAGGUCAUGUUCCUAACCGGAUUAUCCUCUCGGGAAAAGGGCCUGUCCCUACCCGACCUGUUCCUUACUGGUGCCUUCGCUGGCGUUUUUACUUCGGUUGUUCUGACGCCGAUUGAGCUCGUCAAAUGCAAGAUCCAGGCUCCAAUGGGAGAUGGAUCUGUAAGUACCCCGCUCCGCCCUCUGCCUGUCAUCAGAGAAAUCUUCCGCCACGAAGGGUUGAGAGGUUUCUGGCAUGGUCAGCUCGGAACUCUGAUUCGAGAAGCUGGUGGCGGCUCCGCGUGGUUUGGAGCCAAGGAGACGGUCACAUCCCUGUUCUAUCAACACAGAAUCAAGGCUGCCACAUCCGAGGCUGAAAGACGACAGAUUUUAGCCACGCCUCUGCCCUUUUGGCAACAAGCCGUUGCAGGCGCAUCGGCGGGUGUCUCAUAUAACUUCAUCUUUUUCCCUGCAGACACCAUCAAGUCGCGCAUGCAGACAGUCCCACUGGGAAGUAUGGGGGAGAAGCGAACAUUCUGGAACGAGGGCGCCGCCCUGUGGCGGCAGCAUGGAAUCCGCGGCAUGUACCGCGGCUGCGGAAUUACAUGCCUUCGAUCGGCUCCAAGCUCUGCAUUCAUAUUCAUGAUUUAUGAUGGACUGAAGGCACACUUGCCUUCCCACUAG